CUACAAUAUUUCUUUUGUUUCCCCGCUUUUCACAUCGUAAGGAAGUUUGUGUGCUGUCGCUGUUUCUGCUCUCCUUUGUCUUCUCAAAUCUUAGAAAGUUGGCGUUUUGAACGUCCUCGGUUCCGAGGACGAUGGGUGAUACAGACGAACCUGCCACGGAUGGCGCCGCCUUACAAUCGGGGGAUCGACGACGACCUCAUUGCCCAUGUCCUGAGUGCUUCCCAGUCUCUCAACCCGAGAACUCCCGUCAAAGCUAUCAAAGCUACUCGGUAUCCGGUAUUCCGGCAAAGCCCAUUCGAACUGGGGGUACUUCAAUUAGAAUCGAGGGAAACGCUUCGGUCAGAGUUUACGGCGAGCCACCGAAUGUUCCCGGCCCCACACCGGUGAUAGUGCAGAAGCCCUCGAAAGCACCCAAAGAUAAGACGAAGAGCAAACGUAGCUCAAGCAGCACAUUAUCCCUCCCUCAUCGACACGGCCCCCGUCGAGAGAUUAGCACGCCAAGCCUCCGCCGUCGUCCCCCGAUUGACAAUGACCACAAUGGGUAUGGGUUUACCGACGAUUCCAACUUGGGCACGGCCACGGUUGUGCCCUACCCCGGCCCCGCUGUUGCUGAUUACGGCCCGCUGCAACAAACUUGGAUCGACGAAGAUGGUGAACGGUUCCACUUCCGAGGAUUAGCAGCCGUACCCACCGCACUCGGAGGGCCCCGCGAAGCUGUGUAUUACUUGCCAGUCACGGACUCAAGACUACGUGCCUCUCCAUACAUUAACUCUGAAGCUCUUGUCAGCAUGCAGACCCAUACCAUACAAGAGUGGGCCCCACGGAAGAAUCCUACGAGGGAGAAGAUCAAUGAAUGGAAAAAAAUCGAACUGGUAUUCCAGGCCUACGACGGUAGAUUUCUCAUCGUCCCCAACGGCCUAAAGGACUCGGGAUGCUCUGUGGGCAACCUAAUAAGCUUUCGCCUUGUACGGGCCUUGGGUCUGACUGGUAUAAUUGACCCCGCCUUAAGAGGGAAACCGGUUUCGACGGGUGCGGGUCCGUUCCCUCUCCUGGGAACUGUCAUCCUCCCCUGGCUCGAGGACCCCGACGGACGACCGAGGGGUCACGAACCCACACCCUUCCAUGUCUGGGAAUGCCAGGACCACGAAUGUGAUAUUAUUAUGGGGGAUGAGUGGUGCAUGGAGAAUAAUGCUUUAAAUGUUGUUCAAAGGCCCAAGUUUGUGGCCCAGGGUCAUGUCAUUAGAUGGGCAACGGACGAAGGCCCUGCUGAGGCAAGACAGAACCAGCUCAACGAUGAAUGGCAACAGAGGGAGGCGAGAAUUGCCGAGGCCCAAGCCGCCCAGGCGAGGGAGAGGAAAAGAAAACCUUUGGGCAGAAGAAGUAAUACGAGCCCCAAGAAGCAUAGCUCCUCCGGAACCGAGCCGAGGAGGGAUCGGCUCGGCAGCAGCAGCGUCCCACCUCUACCACCGCUAUCACCUCUAGCAGCGCUGUCACCUCUACCACCGCUAUCACCUCUAGCAGCGCUGUCACCUAUACCACCGCUAUCGCCUCUGCCCCGACUCCAACCCCAGACAGCAGCCAUACAAGCGCCGCCUAACGGGAAGAUACGAAACGAAGGAAAAGCAAGCUGCAACCUGGUUCGUCCAGCAGCGGAUCAGCCCCGGCCACAGGUCCUUGCCUCUAACCGGGUUCGCUCGUUAAAAGAGCGGUUUUCGAUGAUCUCGAUGGUGCCACGGCAGGAAGCGCGGGCCACAGCACCUGCGGACAGGCAUUCUCAAAGCACGAUACUACCGGGUUCUCAGUGUAUUUGCACGAACUGCAGAAGAGUUGCUGCGGCUUGACAAUACUCAUAUGUGGACUGGAGGAGGGGAAGUAAUGACCGAUGAGCGCUUGAACUUGGUAUUUGGCAGAGCAAUAGUUAGAUUUACUGCAUCAGCUAUCUAUUAUAGACGGUAG